AUGUCGCGCCUGUGCUUCAACUCUGUCGUGCUUCAACUCUGUCUGGCUUCAAUUGCGGCCAAUGCUACAUUUCUGCGUGAAAAUCUGAAGUCAAAGCACGCUGUAUUUACGUCCUACGUAUUUCGCAACUCUGAUGUUUUGGAUCAACUCACGACCCUACUAAAUACUGGCGAGAGCACCUGGAUGCGGCCAACGGGAAUCCCUCCGCACGUUGAGCGCUAUCGACAGCAUGUUGAAACUCGUAAGGUGCUGACCGAGCUUCCAACUGUACUUCUCGAUGAUUUCUCUAAUUUACUAGAUGAUAAGUGUGUUACACAACAGAGUAUCACGAGGGAUAACCUAGGGGCUACAAUUCGGUCAAUUCUAGAGGAGGCUGGAUUAUGGCAGAGCCAUACAACCUUACAGCAAGCUGAGACUUCGUCUGAUCCUACAAGCAUUGCUCAUCAUUGGCAAUGGGAUGGGAAGUUUCAUCGAAUGCCGGAAGCAUUUAUCUUUCCGCAGCUGGACGCGCUCAGUGUGGUGGCUUGGAAAUCCCGAAGCUGGUAA